AUGUUUCAAGAAGAGUUUUAUGCCAUACACAAUAUUUAGUAUGUUUGAGAAUAUUGUUGAAAGCAUGUUUAGAUUAAAAAAAAAACAAUAAAUUGAUUAUUUUUGAAUUCUUAACUGUAUUUUUUUAUUAAUGUGGGUGUCCGGGUUAGCUUGCGCAUACCUCAACUAAUUCUACGGGUCCUGAAGUUAACGACCAUGUAAGCCUUCAGUGGCCAUUAUAUUAGCAACCACAUGGUUCGAAUCUGAGAUCACAGGGAAAGCAAAUCUCUUUCUCCCAAGCUCUUACCACUAGACCACCUAUUAAAUGGUUUUCUUAACUGCUCUUUCCAUUAUGGGUUUUGGUGAUUGACUAAAUAGAUUGUGACAACGAAUUUUGUUUGAUAUUGUGAUAGUGAUUGUUUUUUAAAAUAUUUUAUUUAAAAAUAUAUCAAAAUAAUAUAUUUUUUUAUUUUUUUAAAUUUAUUUUUGAUAGCAAGAAUUCAAAAUAUAUAAAAAAUUUCUUCUUGCAAAAUCAAAAUCAUGCGUCACUUUAGCCUGUGCUGAUUGUUAAAACUAAGAUUUCUGGGGAUGUUUGCACAAUCCAAGAUUCCUUGUCUUUGUAACUGACGGUGAUUUCCCUGAUUUCAUUUUGUAAUCGUACAAGCAUGUAAUAGGGAUAACUUCCCUAUAAGUUUUUCUUUGAUCAAUGAAAAUUUCUAUAAAAAAAAUGUCGAAGACGAGUCCUCGUCUCUCCUGUAUUGUAUUUGAAUUCCAGAAGCAGCAACCUCAGCCCACUUAAUCCAUCCACUGCCAAUGACACCUCUAGCCUUGAACUGUCUUCGAGUUUUCUCUUUCGAGAAAUCAGAUCAUAUAUAAUGAAGGAUAUUCAAUCAUGUAUUGAAUUGACAGGCCAUGCCGUUUCUCAUCGCAUUUGAAUCUUCUUCCAUGCUUUAGGAAUCUAUAUAUCCAGUGAAAUAAAUAAAAUUUAGACUGUUUAUGCUUUCCCUCCCUCCCUCUCUCUGUUGUUCAAUCAAGAGACCCAAAAAGGAACUCCAAGAAGACAAAAGAUAAUGAGAACAACAGCAUGCAAAAACAUCUCUCAGUACAACACCACUACCCAUAGAGCAAAACCCACCAUCAAUCCAUUGUCCAUCGCCAAGAACAAGGCUUCUCGGUACUCUUUUUCCUCCGCAACAGCACUUGGAAACCCGUGGCCUAUAGGGGCCGCUGCACUUCAUGACAGUACUAUUUCUGUUGAUCGCCCAGUAUGGAGCCUCAGUCCUCUAUCAGCAGUGCCAGAAUCCCCACCACCCAUUUGCAGUGACUGCUCUAGCCCCCCUCGUAGUUCUGCCACAAUAUUCUAUUCUUUGGCUCGUACUGUGCUCUCCACUUCAAGAUUCCAGCUUAAAUUGUCAGAGUGCCAGGUCCAACUUUAGUAAACCACCCGUAUCAAGCAAUAUCGAAAUAGAGGAAUGGGUUCAGAGUGGCAAGAAUUUGAAUGGCUUCCAUCGUCUCACAGACGAUGGAAUCGCAACGCAAAAUUGCCUCUCAAAAUACCGCUCGAGGCAAUCUGCGGUGGCAGAUGCAGAAGUUCAUAGCAGGACAUUAUCUUCUUUUCUUGAUGACUACAACGAGAAGAAGCAUGAUGAUUCCGACCCAAAAUGCAACUACAACAUAAACAGCUCAGAUGCUGACAGCGUGGAUUGUGGAAACCGCAAAGUGAUGACUCGACCAAAACCUUACAGUGAUUUCUUAGAUGAAAUCAAGGCCCAGGAGCUUGAAGCUCAGAUGGGUGCAUGGAAGAAGGCUAAACAUAGGGAACUGAUGAACAAGUUGAGAAGAAACGAAUCUGUUAUUCGUGACUGGGAGUAUAAACAGACACAAAAGGCAUUGAAGGACAUGAGGAAAGUAGAGAACAAACUCGAAAGGAAGCGGGCUGAGGCACUAGAGAGAGCACAGAAGAGAAUAAACAAAGCAAGGAAGGAGGCAAAUAUGGCGGCGGGCAAGGUGAUUGAAUCAGCAAUGAAGAAAGGAACAAAUAUUGCAAAAGAAUCUGAAAUCCAAGGCACCAAAAACCCAAUUUGGCAGAGGCUUAUGAACUUAUGUCCCUGAUAUUAGAAAUCACUUUGUUUCCUGCAGCCUCUCCUUUUUAUGAAACUGAUCUGUUCUAUUCUCGUGUCC